AUGUCCAACCAGCGGUCAAGACCCUCCUAUCAGACAGAAAUCCAAUCGAUGAUGUUUACAUUUGGUGAGGUGAGAUAUCCAUUGGCAACGACAAGUAUUCUAGUAGAAGAAUAUCUUCACGGAUACGCACUAGUCAAAGCAGCCGAGGUGUCUCUCAUAAAAGGCUCCAAGAAUAUUGCUCCAGAAGAUCUUAUUUUUAUUGUACGCCAUGAACCUGCAAAAGUGAUCCGGUUGAAGGAAUUUUCAAGCUGGAAAGAUAUUAGAAGAAAUGUAAAGCCAGAAUCUGGGGACGCAGCUUUUGAAGAUGAUGCCUCAGGUAUCUCCUACCAGAAUUACUGUAGGAGUUUCCGAGGAUCGCGAUGUUCCAAUUCGCAAAAAGAACAUUCAUUUUCAGUGGGAGUUUCCCCGUUGUCUUACUAG